AUGACUCCAUCUCUAUCCCCAGCACAAACAUUUUCCUCUCAUACCUCCGGCUCAACUACGCUCAUAUCCCCAUCCCCCUGCUCCUCCUCCUCCCCAACCUACACCUUCCACUGGAUCUGCCCCGUUCCCUCCUGCCACACAUGCCCCACGCGCUCGCGCCCCGCAACCCUCGCUCCCGAAGGCCAAUUCGACAACUACGACGACAUGCAGCAACUCGCGCACGAGCUCCGUGACGUUGACGUGCAACACGGGGUGUCGGGCGCGGCAGGUGUGUAUGAGUACGGCGGCGAAAGUGCAGUCGGAGCAGACGGGGCGGUUUGA